UCUAUAAAGCCUCGAGUUUCUCCUCGCGAGAGGCUUCGUUCUCAUGCUCGCUACGGGGGUCGGAGGUCAGAGCGAGCGUCUCGCGGGUCGUAGGAGGAAGAUGGCGGUGGAGUCGCGCGUUACCCAGGAGGAAAUUAAAAAGGAACCGGAGAAGCCGAUCGAUCGGGAGAAGACAUGCCCGCUGCUCCUGCGUGUCUUCACCACCAAUAACGGGCGCCACCACCGCAUGGACGAGUUCUCCCGCGGAAAUGUCCCGUCCAGCGAGCUGCAGAUCUACACUUGGAUGGAUGCAACCUUGAAAGAACUGACUAGUUUAGUAAAAGAAGUCUACCCAGAAGCUAGAAAGAAGGGCACACACUUCAAUUUUGCAAUUGUUUUUACGGAUCUUAAAAGACCUGGCUAUCGAGUAAAGGAGAUUGGCAGCACCAUGUCUGGGAGAAAGGGGACUGACGAUUCCAUGACCCUGCAGUCGCAGAAGUUCCAAAUAGGAGAUUAUUUGGACAUAGCAAUUACCCCUCCAAAUCGGGCACCACCACCUCCAGGGCGCAUGAGACCAUAUUAAAUUUUAUUUACUAUUUCUUGAAUUUAUUUUUCAUUCAGUUAUGUAAAAUAAACUUAUGCUUUUUCCUCCCCUCGUUAUUGACAUUAAGCCUUUAAACAAAUUGUAAUGCAUCUAUUCAGGAGUUAGAUUUGGCUAUGCUAUGGUAUAAAUAUUAAUAGAAAGUCCAUAUGUUUCAAGUCCUUCUGUAAAAUAUGAAGAAAAGUGCUCUUAGCAUUCUAUAUAAAAGUGUAUUGUUAAAUAUAUGUGUGCAAUCAACCUGAGUGUGAAAGUUAAUGGAGGCAUGGGAACAGGGUUUAAUUUAGUAUUUGGGGUUUAUGCUGAAUGGCGGAAGAUGGUAUGUUUAAGCCCAAAUGGGGCAGAAUAAGAAAGCCAUGGGAUUGUAUUAAAUAGAGUUGUGGCCCAGAUGAUUGUAUGCAGUUAGAAAAAGGACCUGUGUGAAUGAGGUAGCAUGGCAGCAGAGGCAUUUUAGACUAGUAUGAGCUGAGGCAAAUUGAAGAAGCUGUCUGUUGGAAGCGAUUUAGCCUGCCUGAAUCAAGAUACAAUGACAUA